CGUCGGGACGCCUACAUUCGCCUCAGUUACCGCCCAGACUGUGCCGCAAGCGAUUCGCGUCCUUUCGUUUGCUCCUCCUUUCUCUUUCACGUUCAUCUUUUCGUACAUACAUAUAUACGUGUACAUAUAUAUACACACACACACACACCUAUAUACAUAUAUCUCAUUAGGUUAAUUGUGAAUUUGUAUUAGAGAAAAACGAAACAAAAAAAGCAACAGAAAAGAUAGAGAAGAGUAAAGCAUCGUAUAAAGUUUUUGCGAAUGAUCUCACACACUCACAAUUUUUCUACGUGUUCCUCGGUGAAAUUGACGACGUUCAUUUUACACGACGAUUCGGAUUGUUUUUCACAAGUAACAAAAUCGUGAUAAUACACAUUCGUCGACGUGUUGUUAAUCUUGCUGUUGCUGUUACUACUGUUUGGCGUGGUUGUUAAAAUAUCGAAACAAUCGGUGCACGAAGUGAUUUUUUCGAUCAAGCCGAGCAUAGGGCGGGGGUGCAAAAGACUAGUUUACGAAGUGGCACCGAGGUGGAGGCUUCUCGGACGAAUUCCGUGGCUAGCGGUUUCCUCUGGAGGCGCUCAGAAAACAGUCAAGAUCCAUCGCUGCUCGGAGAUGUCGGAAAGUCAAGAUUCACCGUCGAAUUGGAUUCAACGUUUCAUCGUUAAAGAAUGUCGAAGUUUGAGGUUCGAUUAAAAAUACAGUUUUCAGGCCAGGGAGAUCAUGACAGGAACAUACCGGAGAUCGGUGAGUACAGAAAGCGCGUGCGAAGAUGAGGAGCAUAUCGCCAGGGGCGGAAGGACCCCUGGUGAAAACGAUUUCGACGAGGAAGGUGGUGAUGGAACAGGCACUGGUACGACGUUCCAUCUAAGAAUGGCGACGAACACGUCAAGGGCUCAACUAUCCGGCGCCGGGGGAGGCUUCCUUAGGGGUGCCGGGCAACAACACGUCAACUUCGAUCCAGAAGCACCCCCGUUGCCACCCUUAGAUACCACCCAACAGACUACGAGUCUGCUCGAGAGACCCGAUGCCGAUAAGAAAGUUAAAAGGCACAGUAUCCAUGGAAUGAUGGAAGAGGAAAACGUGGUGAGACCUCACCAGGAAAUGACGAGCCUUUCUAUGCAAGAGAAAAAAUAUUUGCUAGCAGUCGAGCGAGGCGAUGUGGCAUCGGUAAGAAGAAUGCUUCAAAGCGCACAAGAGAGCGACUUGAACAUCAAUUGCGUGGAUCCUUUAGGAAGAUCAGCACUCUUGAUGGCAAUCGACAAUGAGAAUCUCGAAAUGGUGGAAUGGUUGAUCGAGCACAAAGUCGACACGAAGGAUGCCUUACUUCAUGCGAUUUCGGAGGAAUUUGUCGAGGCUGUCGAAGUUCUUCUCGAUCAUGAAGAACUUUAUCAUAAGGAUGGCGAUCCUCACAGCUGGGAAGCUCUACCGCCGGAUACCGCAACGUUCACGCCGGAUAUCACGCCGUUGAUCCUCUCGGCUCAUAGGGACAACUACGAGAUCAUCAAAAUCCUCCUGGAUCGUGGCUCGACCCUACCAAUGCCGCAUGACGUUCGUUGUGGAUGCGACGAAUGUGUGACGUCCAGGAUGGAGGAUUCCCUGAGGCAUUCGAGAAGCCGAAUAAACGCUUACCGUGCCCUGGCAUCGCCCUCUCUGAUAGCUCUGUCCUCGAAGGAUCCCAUUCUGACGGCCUUUGAACUCUCUUGGGAACUUCGUCGACUUUCCUUUCUCGAGCACGAGUUCAAGUGCGAGUAUCAGGAGCUCAGGAGGCAAUGUCAGGACUUCGCGACGGCUUUGCUCGACCAUACAAGAAGUUCCUACGAGCUCGAGGUCCUACUCAAUCAUGAUCCAAAAGGACCUGCGUUCGAGCACGGCGAGAGAAUGCAUUUGAAUCGUUUGAAAUUAGCGAUAAAGCUUAGACAAAAGAAGUUCGUGGCGCAUCCAAACGUGCAGCAACUACUAGCAUCGAUUUGGUACGAGGGUCUUCCCGGUUUCCGUAGAAAGAACAUGCUUCUUCAAGCUAUGGAAAUCGUCAGGAUCGGCUUACUCUUCCCACUAUUCAGCGUGGCAUACAUCAUAGCGCCUCACAGCACCGUCGGUCAAACUAUGAGGAAACCAUUCAUCAAGUUCAUCUGUCACUCGGCAUCAUACUUCACUUUUCUAUUUAUGUUAAUUCUAGCAAGUCAGAGGAUAGAAAGCGUAAUCGGUAAUUGGAUGGGGCACAGCGUUGUUGAGCACGAUCCUGUACCAACCAAAAGGGGUGCUGCACCAACCAUCGUCGAGUGGUUCAUACUGGCUUGGGUCUCCGGUUUGAUAUGGUCAGAGGUGAAACAACUUUGGGAUGUGGGUUUGAAGGAAUACGUGAACGAUAUGUGGAACGUGAUCGAUUUUGUGACGAACUCUUUGUACGUCGCUACGGUAGCUCUCAGAGUCGUCGCGUAUUAUAGGGUACAAAAAGAAAACGAAGGGCAGCAGCCAGGUUUUCAGGUGGAAUUGCAACGUGAGCAAUGGGACACUUGGGACCCUAUGCUUAUAUCGGAAGGCUUGUUCUCAGCCGCCAACAUAUUUAGUUCUUUAAAACUCGUCUACAUAUUCUCCGUGAAUCCUCAUCUCGGCCCUCUUCAAGUUUCUUUAUCAAGGAUGGUUAUGGAUAUCAUGAAAUUCUUCUUUCUUUACGUCCUAGUAUUGUUUGCUUUUUCUUGCGGUUUGAAUCAACUUUUAUGGUAUUAUGCUGAUAUGGAAAAAAAAAGGUGCCCAACAGCGAUGCCGUAUCCAAUGAACGUCAACAUUACGACGGAUUCAAAUGCUUGCAUCGUUUGGCGACGAUUCGCCAAUUUAUUCGAGACCACUCAAACGCUUUUCUGGGCUGUCUUCGGAUUGGUAGAUCUCGAAAGUUUCGAACUGGAUGGUAUUAAAGUGUUUACGAGAUUUUGGGGUAUGUUAAUGUUCGGCACCUACUCGGUAAUCAAUAUCGUCGUCCUUCUCAAUCUUCUAAUCGCCAUGAUGAAUCAUUCCUAUCAGUUAAUUUCCGAACGGGCUGAUGUCGAAUGGAAGUUCGCCAGAAGCAAACUUUGGAUCAGCUAUUUUGAGGAAGGUGGGACCGUUCCACCACCGUUCAAUAUCAUUCCUACACCAAAGAGCGCUUGGUACGUCGGGUUGUGGAUUUAUCGGAAACUCUGUGGUCAUAGUAGAGCCGCCAAAAAGGAACACAUGCGAACGAUCAGGGUAAAAAUUUGUACUAUAUACCAUAUCGACGUAGGAUCUCUUCAAAGGGAGUCGUCGGGUCGCAUUAUCGAGAGAAAAGCGAAGCAAGCCUCGCAGCGUGAUUUUCGUUACCAGAGUAUAAUGAGAAAUUUGGUCAGACGAUACGUCACCGUUGAACAACGAAAGGCCGAGAACGAGGGUGUCACCGAGGAUGACGUCAACGAGAUAAAACAGGACAUUAGCGCGUUUCGUUGUGAAAUCAUCGAGAUUCUUAAAAAUUCUGGAAUGAACACGUCGACGGCGAGUGGUUCCGGAACUGACGGUAGCCUUAAAGAGCUGUCCAUAGGUGCGGGAGGUAAGAAGAACCGGCAGAAGGAGCGGCGCUUGAUGAAGGGAUUUAAUAUAGCCCCUCAACCUGGUAGUAGCUCUACUCUGUUAGAACCGGUCGCGGAACUAAUUGCCUCUUGGAAGGAGGUACAACACGAGAACUCUCAUCAUGAGAUCUUUGGUUCGACGCGAAGCGAGAUAUUUGGUUUGGGGACGAUGCCGAAGAAGAGUUUACAUCAUAGCAACGCUUGUAGACAAACUCGCGGAGCUAGAAGUAGCUCGAAGAAGAAACGUUGGGACACUCUGAUCGAAGCUGCUAAGGCCCACAAAGUCUCGAAGAAAUUUAUCAGUAGGUCUCGUUCCGAGGAUUCCGUUUAUUCACCGGCAUCCGAAGAUGGUGGCACGAGAUCGGAAGGUUCAACCGACUCAAAAUCUUCUUUGGAAAUUCACGGUAGUCACGAUGUUCAGAGUCACCAUCCUCAUCACAGUCAUCAUUCCCAUCACACGGAAAGUCAUCACUCUUUUGGCCGUCUCGGUCUAGUAUCUGCUUUGACGAGAAAACGAAAAAAGUUCUCGGCCUCGAGAGCUUCGACCCCAGCGAUGACGAGCACCAAUUCAAAUCCAAUGGAAAGUACGACGCAGCCUAUAGCUUCGAUUCUUUUAUCUAAAGUCUCGAAGAAACAAUUGCAACGUGCUAGCAGCGUGCCUACCAGAGGUCCCGAACUUGGCUCGCAAACGAUACCCACGCGUCGACACGAAGUCACACAGAGUCAACAGCCGAGUUUGGAUACCGCCGAGAUCGUCAGUGUUACCGAGCAACAAAGAGUCGUUAGUGCUGUUCCAUUGACACCAUCGACCACGGAGGAGAGCGUUAUUGCUAGCGGAGCGAUUUCAAUGACGGUAAAGACAAAUGGUUCGGCAACACAACUUCAACGACUUCCUGGCAUCGAGCCGAUCUCUGGACACGAUGUAUCAGCUGGUUGGCUCUGAGCACGGCCCCGUCAUCGAACCGAUCGAUGACGAGCCUCGCCAAUUACACGAUCACGAGUAUCCCAAGAAGAAUAUUACGAGUUCGAGUGCGAAAACUCGUACGACGAAGAUGGCGACGAUGAGAAUCAACGAUAAUUCGCGAUUCCGAGGUUCGAUAAAAAAAAAAAAAAAAAAAAAAAGAAAAAAGAAAAAAAUCUCGUCGCCUUUGGCAGACGCACAAUGAUGCCUUUUUUUCACGACGACGCGCCUCGCCAAUUAUUUACGUGUCGUCGAGAACGCGAAACUCGAUGAAACAAAAAGAAAAUAAAAAUAAAAAAAAAAAGAUGGAAAGAAAGAAAGCAAGAAAAGAAAAGAAAAGAAGAAAGAAAGAAAGAAAAACGAUUAAAGAAGUAAGAUAAAAUGAUAAGAAGAUAAAAAUACCGUCGUCGACCCUUCGAAAAAUACUCUUCCCUUCGAACGAGUACGACUUCCGUUUAGUACGUUACUACGAACUUUCGACUAUCGGAUCGAUCCUGUACCAAUGACGACUCGUGAAUUUCUUUCGUCUGUGAGCUUCUUUCACAGUGUUCGCGUGGAAAUAGUGUGAUAGUGCGAUAGCGCGAUAGCGUUGUUAAAACUCUAAUGUUACCCGUGCCUACCGUAUCGACCAAAAAUCAUGUGAUAUCAUUUUUUAUCUCUAUUUUAUCAUAAUUCACAUCAUCAACUCUUACAAACUUUUAUCAUAUUAAUCAUCGUAUAUAAAGAAUCUCUUUCAAGGAUCAUCUUAUUUAUUUUUAAUUUCUUUUUUUUUUAUUUAUUUAUUUUAUUUUCUUUAUUCAUUUAUUUCUUUUUUUUUCUUUCCUUUAGAGAUUCCAUAUUGGAAAGAUUUUAAAAGGUUUCAGGAGGUUCUUUACAAAUUCUCGAGUCACGUAGGUGAUAAUGAAAUAAAUCAUCGGUAUCCUUAGAAAACCGUCCGAAUUACCAACAAAUUCUUUUUCCCGAGUAGUCAUAGGUACAUUCAAUCGUCGGAUAUGUUCGAGAUCGAUUUUGUAAAAUCGCUCGCGUCUUCUAGAAGUGCGAAAUAUAAAAGUAAAACUUACUACUAUUACAACAACUACUAUUACUACUAUUACUAUUACUAUUAUUAUCAUUAUUAUUACUAUUACUACUACUACUACUGCCAGAACGGAAGUGGCACGUGGGUCGGCACGAAUUAGUCUAGUCAUCACUAGUCAAAAACGGGAGACGUAAUACGUUAAUUACUGCUAAUAUUGCAUUAAGUGUAGCAGAGAGAAAUGAGAGUCGUUGAAUUAAAAAUGUUUACAUCUUUGAGUCUCAAUGAUGGUGUAUAUAUAUAUAUAUAUAUAUAUAUAUAUAUAUGUGUGUAUACCUCGGAUUUAUAACGAUUGCUUAAAGAUAUUCGAAAUUUUAUAACGCCUCUCGAUCCUAUCUCGAAUGCGCCUAAAUCGUUAAGAUUAAUUCAAUAGCAAAGCUGGAGUAAAAGAAAAUAAAAAGGAAGAAGACAAAUGGGAAAUAUAUUGAAAGAAUGUAUUUCGUUUUAAUAUCAUAUUUUAACGUUAUAUACUUAAGGUGAUACAAAUGAAAGAAAGAAGAAAAAAAAAGGAUAAGAAAGAGAAAGAGAAAGAAAAAGAAAAUGUAAUUAAUGAGAUAAAACUCUAUAACUACUACUAUAUGCGAUUUAGUCCAUAUUAUUGGAUGUAUGAUUAUCCAAGAGAACAAACAUUCAAAUGGUACAGACUUUUUGAUAUUCCGAAGAAAAAAAAGAUUAAAUAAAAGAAAAAAGAAAGAAAGAAAUUCCAUAGAAUUUCUUCCAUUAUACGUAUCAUUCAUUAAGAUUGGAUCGCGUUAAACUAUAACCCAAAUUGUUAUUAAGAUCGUGUAGUAGGUGCAAGAUGUCUGUAAACGUGUGUGCAAUCUAGUAACAAUUGUAGCUUCUAAAGGUACGUUUUUUUUUUCAUUUCUAACAUAUAGACAACACGAUUUCAAUUAUUACGGCCUCGUCGAGGAAAGAUCGUCUUAGGAAAAUUUUUAUUUUAUCAAAUUUCUGUUUCUUAUAUACGUAUAUACAUAUACAUAUAUUAUAUAUAUAUACACACACACAUGUGUGUAUAUAUAUAUAAUAUAUAUAUAUAUAAAUUACAUGUCCAGAUUCUAAAAAUCGUUCGAUCGAUUCUACAUUUUUGAUAUUUUACAUCAUUAUAAAUGCUGACACGUGUGUGUGUGUGAAAUAUAUCAAUAAAGGGAAUGAUAAAUCAUGACUUGUAACAACAAUUGUUAUUAUUAAUAAUGUAAGCUACGCGAAGUUUUUUUCAAACGCAGGCGUGUAAUUUAUAUAUAAACGAUGAAUACUCAAAAUUUGAUAAAUUUAAUUGAAUUUCAGCUUCUCUAUGUAACAAAGAAAAACUACGAAAAUUUUAUUAUUAACUCUGAUAUCAUAUUCUCCUAAUGCGAUGCACGUUAUAUCGUAUAUGAAAAGAAUAUCGAUUAGAAAAACGAUAAUCAGGCUUUUUCAUCGAUAUAAAAUAAAAAAAAACAAAUUAUUAAAAUUUUUGUUAAACAUGUGACGUAUUUUCAAUGUUAACAUAUGGCAUGAUAAUUUUUAACUUGAAUUUCUCGCAUGUUUCCUUUUUUUUUCUUU